UUUAUUUUGGCAUCCUAAAACCGGAAAUGCUUUAACGGAAAUGGCGGGAGCGAGAGGCUGAGUCUCAAAUCGUUCUUAUUGAUCUUAUAGUGCACUAACUAGGGCGCAGUGUCCAUUCUAAUUUUUACUCUACAUAGUGCACUUGAGGAGUGUGUAGAUAGUGAUUUAGGAUUGUUGUUUUUGCCUCUGAACCCUGUGCUCCGUUUCUGCUGUCACACACUUCAUUCAAUCCAUCGGGAUUAAUCACAUCGCGGGGUUUAGAGCAGUGUGUGUGAGUGUGUGAGAGAGGAAACCUACUGCACAGUGCACGAUGAAGCUGCGGUGGAGUUGGGUGUGUCUCCUGCUCGUGUCCUUGGUUGUGAUGUCGUGGGCUCAGGAGGAGGAGGAGGUGGAGGAGGAUGAAGAGGCACAGGUGGAGGAUGGAGAGGUGGACUCCGAGGCAGACAGCAGUGAAGUAACAGCUGAUGCUAACAUCUCUUUCCAGGUCACAUAUAAGACCCCUGUACCUACUGGUGAGGUUUUCUUCUCUGAGACGUUCGAUGAUGGAUCUUUCAGCAGAUGGGUAACGUCGAAAACAAUGAAAGAGGAUGCAGACGAGGAUAUCGCUAAGUACGAUGGUAAGUGGGAGGUGGAGGCUCUAAAGGAGAACAAAGUGCCUGGAGAUCUGGGUUUGGUGCUGAAGUCUCGCGCAAAGCAUCACGCCAUCGCAGCUCCUCUUAACAAACCAUUCAUCUUCAAGAACAAACCACUCGUGGUGCAGUAUGAAGUAAAUUUUCAGGAUGGCAUUGACUGCGGUGGAGCCUACAUUAAACUCCUGUCCGACUCCCCCAACCUGGACUUGGAGCAGUUUCAUGACCGCACACCGUACACCAUCAUGUUCGGACCAGAUAAGUGUGGAGAAGACUACAAACUGCACUUCAUCUUCAGGCAUAAAAACCCCCUGAAUGGAGAAUUUGAGGAGAAACACACCAAGAGACCUGACACAGACCUCAGAAAAGUGUAUUCUGACAAGAAAACUCACCUUUACACACUGGUUCUGUCUCCAGAUAGUACCUACGAGAUAUUUAUCGACCAGUCCAGCGUUAGCAGAGGGAGCCUGCUGAGUGACGUGGUUCCUCCUGUGAAUCCACCUAAAGAGAUCGAUGAUCCCAACGACUCGAAACCAAGUGACUGGGACGAGAGAGCGAAGAUCCCUGACCCAGAAUCAGUCAAGCCUGAUGACUGGGAUGAGGAUGCCCCUGCUACAGUUCCUGAUCCUGAUGCUGUGAAACCCGAGGGCUGGCUGGAUGAUGAGCCUGAGUUUGUCCCAGACUCUACAGCUGAGAAACCUGAAGACUGGGAUGAGGAGAUGGACGGUGAGUGGGAGGCUCCUCAGGUUCCUAACCCCGCGUGUGAAACUGCCCCGGGCUGUGGCGAGUGGAAGCCUCCUACAAUCAAUAACCCCAAGUACAAGGGGAAAUGGAAGGCACAACUCAUAGACAACCCCAACUACCAGGGUGUGUGGCGCGCACGGAGGAUCCCGAAUCCGGACUACUUUGAAGACCUGGAGCCGUUUAAGAUGAGCUCGUUCCGUGCCGUGGGCCUGGAGCUCUGGUCCAUGACCUCUGACAUCUACUUCGAUAACUUCAUCAUCACUGAGGAUAAAGAGGUGGCGGACCGCUGGGCCGCAGACAGCUGGGGGCUCAAAAAACUGGUGGCUAGUGCUAAUGAGCCCGGAGUGUUCAGUCAGUUGGCGCUGGCGGCGGAGGAGAGGCCGUGGUUGUGGAUCGUGUACGUCCUUACCGUCGGACUGCCUGUCGGUCUCGCUGUUCUCUUCUGCUGGCCUAAGAAGUCUGAGGAUGAUUACGCCUAUAAAAAAGUCGAUCCUCCCAAAAGAGAAGAGGUAGAAGAGGAGGAGGAGGAAGAGGGAGAAGAGGAAGAGGAGGAGAAGGAGAAUCAGGAGGACGCAGAUGGAGCUGCUGAACCAACUGGAGGCAGAAAUGAGGAGGAAGAUGAAGAAGAUGAAGGAGAAGCGCUGGAGGAGGGGGAGGAGGAGGAGGAAACUAGCAAAUCAAAUGACAUGCCUUCAGAUGACGAGAUGAAGGACGCUGACGAGGAGCUCGAGGGCGCCGGAGACGGACAGAAACAGGCUGUGAGAAAAAGACGAGUACGGAAGGACUAGAGGGCUGUUUCUUAUCCUUUCUCCUUCUUCCUUUUUCUCUUUCUCCUGUUCUCGCCCUCUCUGCCUCUCUAAAUGCUGCAUGCUCCAGGCUUCGUGACGACCGCAGGCUUCUCGCCUCCACCGGAGAUCCUUCUGCUCCAGCCCGUUAUCUUAGUCUUCCUCUUCACCGGUAGUUUCAUGGGUUACGCUUUCAGUUUAGCCGUACCGAUAA